AUGCUCAUGAUCGUGCAUGCUGGAUUGCACUCGAAAUGGAUGUUCAUGUCGACGAUUCUGCCGAAGGGCACUGGAUCGUUCCCGACCUGCUAUGCUACAUGGCCCUGGGGCCCCGAAGCUACGUUUGCCGCUUCCUCCCUCGUAUCGCCCGGCUACGCCGACAUCAUCAUAUCCUGCCAGCUGAUCAGCCCUAACCAGCCUCUCACCGAGAGCCCCAUAAAGUCAGCCGUGCGUCUCCUGCGGUCCGAUCACCCGACAAUCGCAGCUCGCUUCGCCUGCCCAGCGUCCGAGGACGGCAGCCCGCCAUCCGCAGCAGACGUUAAGCUAGCCUACGAAGUCCCCGCUUCCGAGCGCGAAGUCGACCUGUGGCUUAACGAGGUCGUGACAGUCCGCACAGACACCGGCGGGGACGUCGACGCCGCUGUCGCGCUGGUCGCCCACGACCUCGGCAAGGCCGCCGCAGGCCCGCCCACGACGCUCUUCGAAGCGCACUUCAUCCCCGGCUCCACAUCGCGGAGCGCGCUCGUCCUCCGCCUGGGCCACGCCGUGUUCGACGGCAUCGGCGUGUUCCAGGCGCUGGACCUCCUGAACGAGCGGAUCGCGCGCGUCCUGCGCUCUCCCGUGCACGUCUCGGAGCCGCUGAAUUGGGGAGAAGAGACGGCAAGAUUGGCGCUGCCCACGCCGGAGUGCACAAAGAUCCCGUGGUCGUUAGCCGCGGAGAUGUCAGAGGAUGACCAGGUCAUGCUCGACAGGCUGGUCGAAGCUAUAAACAUGGAAAAGGUGAGCAAACUUCCUUCUCACCGCAUACAACGCCUGACUCAGUAUCCGCCCUUACCAGACCCUCCCAGGCGUGCCGUUCUCCCCCCCCCCCCAGGAUCCACGCAUGUCGGCACAGGCGUGAUCAUGCGCACCAUGCCCGCCGAGUCGGUGCAAGCGCUCCGGAGCGCCGCGCGCGCACGCUCUUCAGCGUCUUCCUCGCCGCGAUGCUCCUCGCCCUCCUACGCACGAACUCCCGCUCCCGCUCCCCCACGACAAGCGUCGACACGGCCAUCUACCCGAGCCUCGCGGACCUCCGCGCAGGCCAGACCCGGCGCGUCGCGAACAGCACCGCGUGCCACGUCUACUUCGCGCGGGACCUGCAGGCGCAGGUGGAGCGCCAGCGCUUUGCGCUGGAACGGGGUGGACGAGUUCACGCGCGUGUGGGGCGCGGCGCAGGGCGCGCCGUCGGGGAACACGCCCCCGCUCCCGGUACCAUCCUCCAUGGGCGUCGUCGACCAGCGCCUAUCCGCGCGCCAAGGUGAGUACCUCACCAUCACGGAGCCGCAGCCGCAGCCGCAGCCGCAGCCGAGCAUGCGCACGCCGACGCUCGCGAGGGCCGCGAACGUCGCUUCCAGGUCUAUUCCGAGUCUUGGACGGGCGGACUUGGAGACUCGAACAAGGCCUAGUGGAUCGUCCGUGAUUUGA